AUGUCAGUCGGGUCUAUCUGCGCGCUCCCAGUCGUCCCAUAUACCGCCGAUAUCCUCGGCAGACGUUGGGGUAUCAUUAUUGGCUGCACGAUUAUGAUUCUCGGUGUUGUUCCCCAAUCUAUUGGUAUCAACUUGAAACUGCUCACUGCGUCCCGUUUUUUCGUCGGUUUCGGUGUGGCCAUUGCUCAUGGAGCUCCCCUCUUUCUUGUUGCGGUGCUUGUCCACCCCCACAACUGUACCUGGUAUUUCGGUAGCAUUGUUGCAUCACGGACUGCAUUCGGUACAAACAAGCUGGGACCGGAUAAUAACUGGGCAUGGAGUAUCCCCACCAUCCUCCAGGCCCUGCCGUCCUGCCUCCAAAUGAUCUUUAUCUGGUUCGUGCCAGAGUCGCCACGUUUCCUUAUCGCCAAGGGAAAGCAUGAGCAAGCCUCAAAGUUCUGCUGA